AUGGUGGGCAAAAAGGAAGUUGUGGCACCCAAGCCCAAAGCUGCCCCGCGCGGGGCGACAAAGGCGAAAGUUGCGCCCGGCGCAUCUGAGGUCCAAAAGGUGGAUGGCGACGACUUUAUGGAUAUUGAUGCUGAGAGCGCCAACGCGCAGAAUGCUACUGGUGACGAUGCGACAGACUUAAACCCAGGAGCUUCCACAUCAACAGAACAAACGCGAAAACGACGAGCGCCACAUACCCACGCGAAAGACGAGUUCUCCGCUCUCCUCGAGCCCUUCUACUAUGGCAAAAGUUUGACCGACCCCAUCAACACGGCGCGCGACAAGUGGAACUUGUUGCCAGCAUUCCUGAAGACCAAAGGUCUCGUCAAGCAGCACGUCGACUCUUACAACCACUUUGUGGACGUGGAUCUGAAGAAGAUCAUCAAAGCCAACCGCUUCGUUCGUAGCGACUUCGACCCUAAAUUUCUCCUCGAGUAUACGGACAUUCGUGUUUUGUCGCCGAACCGACAGGAAGAAGAUGAUCUCGAACAUCACCGCAGUACCGUUACGCCCAACGAGUGCCGGUUACGUGACAUGACCUAUGCUGCGCCCAUAGUAGUGGAUAUAAUAUACACCAGAGGAAACGCCAAGGUGAAGCGGACAGGCAUAAAGAUUGGGAGGAUGCCCAUCAUGUUGAAGAGUAAUAAAUGCGUACUGGCUGGCAAGAGUGAUCGUGAGAUGGCUGUCAUGGAAGAGUGUCCACUGGAUCCUGGAGGCUACUUUAUCACGCGUGGACAAGAGAAGGUUAUCCUGGUCCAAGAGCAGCUCAACAAGAAUCGAGUCAUUGUCGAAAGCGCAAAGGGAAUCAUGCAGGCUAGCGUUACGAGUUCCACCCACGAAAGGCGGACAAAGACGUAUGUCAUUCAGAAGAAAGGACUCAUGUACCUUCGGCACAACACGCUCUCGGAGGAGAUUCCGAUUGUAUUCGUCAUGAAGGCGCUGGGAGUGCAUUCGGAUAAAGAGAUCCUGCUUCUGAUUGCGGGUGAAGACAGCGCAUACCAGGACAACUUUGCCAUCAAUUUCGAGGCCUGUGCGAGAGAGCAGAUUCAUACACAAGAGAGGGCGCUCGAGUACAUUGGCCAUCGCGUGCGGCUAGUCAAGAAGCCACUUGGCACCUCGCGCAACAGGAACUACCAUCUGGAAGCCAUUGAGUGUCUGUCAAACGUCGUUCUUCCACACGUACCAGUAGAAGGCACGAACUUCCGGCCAAAGGCGCUCUACGUAGCUCUCAUGGCUCGCAGAGUGUUGAUGGCGAUGCAAGAUCCGAAGCUCGUGGAUGACCGCGACUAUGUUGGCAACAAGCGUCUGGAGCUUUCUGGACAGAUGUUGUCUCUCCUGUUCGAAGACCACUUCAAGCGCUUCAACCACGACUUCAAGCUGAGCAUCGACAAGGUCUUGAAAAAGCCAGUUCGAGCACAGGAGUUUGAUGCCUUUUCUCACUUUAGCGUCCACAAGAAUCACAUCACCAUGGGUGUCGAGCGCGCCAUUGCUACCGGAAACUGGAGUCUGAAGCGAUUCAAGAUGGAGAGGGCCGGUGUCACGCACGUUCUGAGUAGACUGAGUUACAUUGCUGCACUGGGUAUGAUGACGAGAAUCAGUUCGCAGUUUGAAAAGACUCGCAAGGUGUCUGGUCCUCGAGCGCUGCAGCCAUCGCAGUUUGGUAUGCUUUGCACUUCCGAUACCCCAGAAGGAGAGGCUUGUGGUCUGGUCAAGAACCUGGCGCUUAUGACGCACAUCACCACCGAAGACGACGACGACCCGGUCCGAAAGAUUGUGUUCAUGUUGGGUGCGGAGGACAUCUGCUUUCAGACAGGAGAGGAGAUUCAUGCCGAGGGUGUAUAUAGUGUCUGUCUCAACGGUACACCGAUUGCUGUCACAGACACACCAAAGCGCUUCUUGAACAACUUCCGGAAACUCCGACGAAUGGGCCGUAUCUCCGAGUUCACCAGCAUUCAUAUCGAUCACGACCAUUGCGAAGUUCACAUUGCUACUGACGAAGGGCGCAUCUGUAGGCCAAUGAUCAUCGUGGAGAACCAGCGCUCAAAGGUCACUUCGCGGUACUUGAAGGCUCUUCGCAAGGGUACCAUGGACUUUGAAGACUUUCUGACAAGGGGCCUCGUAGAGUAUCUCGAUACCAACGAGGAGAACGAUACCAACAUUGCGCUUAAAGAGAGCGAUAUCAACCAGCAUACCACUCAUCUCGAGAUCGAGCCCUUUACCAUUUUGGGUGCUGUCGCUGGCCUCAUCCCCUAUCCUCACCACAACCAGUCGCCGCGUAAUACUUACCAAUGCGCUAUGGGUAAACAAGCGAUAGGCGCUAUUGCCUAUAACCAGUUUAACAGGAUAGACACUCUGCUCUAUCUCAUGGUCUAUCCACAACAACCCAUGGUCAAGACGCGUACCAUUGAGCUCACAAAAUACGACAAGCUUCCAGCUGGACAGAACGCAACCGUGGCUGUCAUGUCGUACUCUGGCUACGAUAUUGAGGAUGCGCUCAUUCUGAACAAGGCGUCGUGCGAUCGUGGAUUUGGUCGCUGCCAAGUGUUCAAGAAGCACGUUACGCCUCUCAAGACGUAUGCCAACGGGACUUCUGACCGCAUCAACGCGGGCGCACUCGACGUUGAGAACCGCAGCCACCAAGCAAUUGGCCAAGAUGGUAUCGCGCAAGUGGGCGCUCGGCUUGAAGCGGGCGAUGCCUUCUUGUUGAAGUCGAUACCCCAAGAUACCGCUGGCCCGGCGUCCAACGUGUACAAAGACAAGCCGGAAAAGUACAAGCUGCCCGACUGCAGCUACGUGGACAAGGCGUGCAUCACCGAGAACGAAGCGGGAACGACAUUGAUCAAGCUGCUCAUGCGCCAGACUCGUCGUCCGGAACUCGGCGACAAGUUCUCGUCUCGCCACGGCCAAAAAGGUACCACUGGCCUCAUCGUCCAGCAAGAAGACAUGCCCUUCAACGACCAAGGCAUCUGCCCGGACAUCAUCAUGAACCCACACGGUUUCCCAUCGCGCAUGACCGUCGGCAAAAUGAUGGAGCUACUCUCCGGCAAAGCCGGCGUCCUCAACGGCACCCUAGAAUACGGCACCGCCUUUGGCGGCUCCACCGUCGAAGACAUGUCGCAGAUCCUCGUUGAAAAAGGCUUCUCCUACACGGGAAAAGACUACCUCACCUCGGGCAUCACGGGCGAAGCCCACCAGUUCUACACCUUCUUCGGCCCCAUUUACUACCAGAAACUCAAGCACAUGGUCCAGGAUAAAAUGCACUCGCGUGCACGCGGGCCCCGUGCCAUUCUCACUCGCCAACCCACAGAGGGGCGCGCGCGCGACGGUGGCUUGCGUCUCGGAGAAAUGGAACGUGAUUGUCUCAUUGCCUAUGGUGCGUCGCAGCUUUUGCUCGAGCGCUUGAUGAUUAGUUCUGAUGCGCAUAAUGUUGAUGUUUGUGAGAAUUGCGGCCAGAUGGGCUACAGUGGCUACUGCAAGCUGUGCGAGAGCGAAAAGGCUGUGCGCAAAAUCACCAUGCCGUAUGCUGCCAAGCUCUUGAUCCAGGAGCUCGGCAGCAUGAAUGUCAAGGUGACGAUUGGGCUCCAAGACGAGUUUCCGAGAGACGAUUGAAAAGUGCAGAGAUGAUACUGGUUGCAAAUGGUUCAAAGGGAUGGGGUUUCUGAAAAAAAGUAGUAAAU